AUGGAGCUCCGGCAGCAGGAGCUUCGUGCCAAAGCAAGGCCCCCAGAAGCGAUCUUCACGCUGCUGGUAGGUUCCGUCCUCGUGGAAGUUAUGGCCUCGGACAGGGUCUCGACGGUCAUCGAGCAGCUUGCCAGAAGGAUUGGAGCGAACUCGGCCUUAGUCAGCAUCACCCAGGAGGGCCAAGACUUGCCGAAGGAGGCGACUCUCUCGGAGCUCGGAGUUUCAGCAAGCUCCAAGCUCUCUUGCAGGCUGCAAGGUUUCCAAGUGUAUGUCAAGAUGCUGACAGGAAAGGCUCUCACCUUGCAAGUGGAAGGAAGUGACACCAUCGGCAACUGUAAAGAAUUGCUCUGGCGCCGGGAAGGCUUCCCUCCCGUACAGCAGCGCCUGAUCUUCGCCGGGACGCAGCUGGACGACGCGCGGACUGUGGCAGAAUGCGGCAUCGAAGCGGAGUCAUCGCUACAUUUGGUCUUGCAUUCGGGUUGCGGGAAGUGCGAUGAGAUCCUGGGGCGGCAGGGCUUCGAAGUGCUGUCUGACAAGAUCGUCUUCGAGGAUGGAAGUUCCUGGAAUCUCGAUGGUGGUUGGGACAGGCCGCCGGCCAACAGCGAUGAUGAGCAAACGCGAAAGAUGUCGUCGUUUUCCUCCAAGGAAGA